AGGACUGGGACACAGGAUAAGCAGAAUUAGGAGGCACCACAACGGUCCACUUCUCCCUGUAUCUGCAGCCUCUCACCUAGCUCCAAAAGCAUUGCAGCAGGAGCUCCACCCCAUAUGCAGCAGGUGACUGGGGAGAGGGAUCCAUCAUUUUCACUGGGCUGAAUCUUGGUGUUUCUGAGCUUCACUGAGCUAAGUGUUGGUGCUUCGGUUUUUUGUAGGUUCUGAAUCUUUGUAUUUUGGAGGCUGUUUUGGCUGAAACUUGUUGUUUUGGGAGUUUUUGAUCUGUGUCUUGAUGUUUGGAGGAUUCUUGGGUUGAAGCUUGGUGUUUUGGAGGUACUUAGAGACACAAGAUGCCCAAUGACUUCCUGAGAUGAUCUGGGACAAGGAGGAACCUGCAGCCCAAGGUGCUCUCUUUUUGAUUUUUCCCCCUGCGCAUCAGUAUUUUCCAUUCCCAGGGCACAGCCAGAUGGAGGAGGAGGAAAAUCCUUGGACAUCCUGCACGAGGAGGGGCUGCAAACCCAGCCCAGGGAGCUGCGGGGAGCAAAGAGCGCCCCUGAGCCAGGAAGGCGGCCGGAGAUCCAGGCAGAGCUCAGAGCUGGUGGAGAAGCUUCAUGGCAGGGAGAAGCUCCACAAGUGCUUGGAAUGUGGGAAGGUCUUCAGCCAUAGCUCCAGCCUGAUCCAGCACCAGAUGAUCCACAGUGGAGAAAAACCCUAUGAGUGUGAGAAAUGUGGGAAGAGCUUCAGCCGGAGCUCCCAGCUCAGGGAACACCAGCGCAUGCAUACUGUGGAAAAGCCCUAUGAGUGUGGGGAAUGUGGGAAGAGCUUCUGAUGGAUAUCUGGUCUGAUCCAGCACCAGGUGAUCCACACAGGGGAAUGGCCCUACACCUGCUUGGAAUGUGGGAAGAGCUAUGGGUGGAGCUCUGCCCUGAGAAAACACCACCAGCUCAUCCACACUGGGGAGAAACCCUACAAAUGUCCCCAGUGUGGGAAGAGGUUUCAGACCAGCUCCCAUGUCCUAGAACAUGAGCGGAUUCACACAGAGGAGAGGCCCUUCCGCUGCCCCGACUGCGGGAAGGGCUUCAAGCACAGCUCCUCCCUCACCAAGCACCGGCGCAUCCACACCGGGGAGAGGCCCUACGAGUGUGGGGAGUGUGGGAUGAGCUUCUCCAGGAGCUCUAACUUGACCCAACAUCAAUGGAGGCGCCACUAAGGGAAGCCCUGUGAGUGCCCCGAGUGCAGGAAGAGCUUCGUGUGCUGCUCCAGCUCCAUCCCCCAUGGGAGGAUCCGCAGGCCCUUCCGCUGCCCCGACUGCGGGAAGGGCUUCAAGCACAGCUCCUCCCUCACCAAGCACCGGCGCAUCCACACCGGGGAGAGGCCCUACGAGUGUGGGGACCUCAGCCUUCAGCGCCGUCCCGGGGGUGCGGAGAGGAACGCCCGGGCCGGCCGCGCCGCCUGCAGCGGCUCUGGAGCAGCCGAGCCCUGGGAGCGCUCCCUCCUGCCCGGGAUCGGGAUCCGCCCGGGCCCGCGCAGCCCCGGUAUCGUUUGGGCUCCGCUCCGCCGGGAUCUCCGCUCGGGCUGGUUCCCCCUGGCCCUGCGCCCGCACCCGCAGCCAGCGGGAGCAUGUCCCGCCCCGCCGGUGUCCCCGCCGCGCUUGCGGAACGUGGCAAAGCCCUCCCAGCUGCGGCUCCCGGGUUUCGCGUCUCUGCUGCGCCGCUGGCCGCCGCCGGCACCGAGCAUGCCGCCGCCACCCCGUGUGCUCUGUUCCGCCCGGCCUGGCCCCGCUCGCCCCGCUCCUGCAGCCGCCGAGCAUCCCCCGGACGGCCGCUGGCCGCCCGCCGCUGCCGCUUCCGCGGCUGCCCCGGCCACUGCCGCGGCCCCUGUCGCCCUCAUGGUCACCCCCGCUGCCUCUGCUGCCGCCCCGGCUGCUGUGUGCUGCCCAGCGCCGCUGCCAGAGGCUGCCCUCCCUCAUCUCUCGGUCCUGCAAUCUCUGCACCCUCCCCCAUCAGUCUCUCACUGCCGCCUCCCCCCCUGCCGUGAGUGUACUCGAUCUGGGACUACAAGCCCGUUCAUAGACGACACCGCUCUUUUCCUCCCCACCGAGGGAACGGACCAGGAUUUGUCAUUCCCAAGCAUUGAGCCAAUGGAGGAGAAGGAAGAGCCCCAGAGAUGCCGCACGAGGAGGGGCUGCAAACCCAGCCCAGAGAGCUGCAAGAAGGAAAGACCACCUCUGUGCCAGAAAGGUGGCCCGAGGUCCAGCCGGAGCUCAGAGCUGGUGGAGAAGGCUCACAAGUGCUUGGAAUGUGGGAAGGGCUUCAGCCGGAACUCGCACUUGGUCCGGCACCAGAUGAUCCACACUGGGGAACAGGUGGAACGACCCUGCAAGUGUGGGGAAUGUGGGAAGUCCUUCAGAGACAGCUCCAACCUGCUCCAGCACAUGAGGAUCCACACUGGGGAACGGCCCUAUGAGUGUUUUUUGUGUAAGAAGACCUUCAGACAGAGCUGCAGCUUGAUGGGACACCACAGGAUCCACACUGGGGAAAAGCCCUAUGAGUGCUUGGAUUGUGGGAAGAGCUUCGGGUGGAACUCCGACCUGAUCCGGCACCAGAGGACCCACACUGGCGAGAGGCCCUACGAGUGUUCCGAGUGUGGGAAGAGGUUUCGGAGCAAGUCCCAUGUCCUCCUGCAUCAGCGGACUCACACAGACGAGAGGCCCUUCCGCUGCCCCGACUGCGGGAAGGGCUUCAACCGCAACUCCUACCUCACCAUCCACCGGCGCAUCCACACCGGGGAGAGGCCCUACGAGUGUGGGGAGUGUGGGAAGAACUUCUGCAGCAGUUCUGCCUUGACCCAACACCAACGAAGGCACCACUAAGGGAAGCCCUGCGAGUGGCCCAAGUGCAGGAAGGGCUUCAUACACUGCUCCUACUACAUCCCCUUUGGAGACUCGGGCGCCUGCCAGUGGGGCUGUAACACCUCAACUCUGGAGGGGUAGAAACAAGCAAAGAGAAACACCCCUCUGAGGUUACACCCCUCCCUCUCACAGGCCUCUGUAGACACAUGUAAUGUGUUAAAUUUCAUUGGUUUAUCCAGUUGACAUUACCCCUGUUCAGCCCCUUUUCACCAUAUUUAUAUCCCCCUAGAAUGUUCUUCCCUCACCUCAUCCCCAUUGGCCCCAGUUUGCUGCAGUGUUCCAUUCCUCUUAUCCCAUUGGUUCCCCUCGUUUGCUGCCCUUCCUCUGCACUACUUUUCCCUGCUUCCAUUGGUUCUUGACCUUCAAAUCCACCCCUUGUUCCGUAUUUAACCCUUGACCCUGCUGGGUCUUUGUGUUUGACCCUGCUGGGCCCUCUUCCUGGCAGUAAAGGGCUUUUGGAUCUCCAAAGAAAGACCUUUCCUUCCCUCCUUCACCAGCUCCUUUAGCAAGUGUGCCCCGGGCCUUGAAAGCCCAGGUUGCUCUCUGGGACUCGUUGAAGCGUGCUGCUUCAGUCUCCCACUGGAGGAUCCACAGUGGAUGAUCCCCAGUGACUCCUGUUGGGAAGAGCUCUGGUGAUCCUCGUUCUGCAUGAUCCCCAUUGGGUGGGGGGAAGGUGUUAGAGAGAUUUCUUUCCCUUCUCCUUGUCCUGCUGUGAUUUGGUUGGUAGUAAAUUCACUCCCUGUACCCUGGCUGGGUCUGUUUUGCCAUGCUGGUGCUCAGGGUGGGAUCUCUCCCAGUCUUUCUCUGCACUCCUGGCCCUUUCCUUGUAUUUCUUCUCCCUGUGCCAUUGCAGAGGGCAAGGACAGAGCAGUUUUGGUGGCUCCCAGCUUCCAGGCAGGACCAGCCCAGCUCUGGGGUUCCGAGGGGCUUGUGGGGCUCCCCUGUUUGUGGGACAUCCCCGCUGGAGGAGGGUGUCCCCCCUUGCUGCAGCCCCAGCCCUCAGACAGCGCUCAGCCAAGCAGAGAACACUCUCAGAUGUGGCCUCAUUUCUGGGCACACCUGAGCCCCUGGACAAGUUCAUACCCAUCGUGGGGUUCACCUGAGUUCCUGAAUAUCUGGAAGCCCAUUUUUAAAGCUGUUUUGAGUUUGCACAGCCUGUUUUUUGUAGUGGGGGUGCUCCAGGGGUGGGUUCUGAGAGAAGCUACUAGAAGCUUCCUCCAUGUCCAGUAGAGCAAUUCCCUGGUGGUUCCAAAGAUGGAGGUGCUGGAUGCAGAGAUCCCUCCCAAAGUCCCUGGAGAUCUCUUGAGGGUUUCUUGCAGAACAAUGGACAUGUGCACAAGCCAGCCUUCAUCAAGACUGAGUAGAAGUUUGCAGUGGCCUUGAGGACAUGGAAGAGGAAGAGCCUACUCAGAAGUAAACAAGUCCAGGAUGUAAGGCAGGACAUGAAGACAGAGCUAAAAGCCACAGCAGAGCACACGAAGAAAGAAAACUAACCAAUUAGCUGACAGCUUGAGACGUGUGCACAGAUAGACUUAACCAAUCAUGUAUUAGUUUAGGGCACGUGAACAGUAGAACAUGAUAUAAAUGUAACCUAUUUGAGCAAUCAAUUUGCUUCAUUUGAUCGCA